AUGUCUGGUCGCGGGAAAGGUGGCAAAGGGCUGGGAAAAGGAGGCGCCAAGCGCCACCGGAAGGUCCUCCGGGACAACAUCCAAGGCAUUACAAAGCCCGCCAUCCGCCGGCUCGCCCGCCGAGGUGGUGUCAAGCGCAUUUCUGGGCUCAUCAAUGAGGAGACCCGGGGAGUGCUGAAAGUCUUUCUGGAGAAUGUGAUCCGCGAUGCGGUGACGUACACGGAGCACGCCAAGCGCAAGACGGUCACCGCCAUGGACGUGGUGUACGCGCUGAAACGCCAGGGCCGCACCUUGUACGGCUUCGGCGGCUGA